AUGUCCCUCGCCCAACAUGUCUCCUCAGUCGAAGGCAUUGACCACGAGCCCGAGCCCGGCGACGUGGCCUUCGACGACCGCGCCAGCCUGCUCAGCGGCUUCCACAGACUCUCGCGCCAGCCCAGCAUCGCCCUGUCCAUCAGCUAUGACCCCAUCCCGCCGGGCGCUGGGGACAAUGGCACGGGGCAGCUGGAGAAGUUGGAGCCCAUUGCCGCGUACGAGGUGUCGAGGGGGAUGAGGAUAGCGCAGGUGUCGGUGGGCGUCGUCUCUUGUGUCAUGGCGUCGGGAAUUGUCUUUGGGUUCGACGCUCUCAAAACCAUCUUGUUGGCUGAAGGCACGUAUCGCGACCUUUGCACCGAAGACGAACUGCGAAAGAAUGUGCCAUUGUGCUAUAUGCAAGACCAAAGAUUAAACCUCACAUUCGUCAUCGCCUCCGUCACCACAAAUAUCUCUGCUCUCCUGGUCGGCGGCAUCCUUGACCGCUACGGCCCACGCGUCUGCGGUAUUACAUCCGCCAUCCUUCUUGCCCUGGGAAGUGUGUGCAUGGCUUUUGCCUCGGAUUUACCGUUCGACGCCUACAUCGUCGCGAGUUUCCUCCUCGCGUUAGGCGGGACUUUCACGUUCGUCCCCAGUUUUCACCUGUCCAAUACAUUUCCCCGGUUCCAAGGUCUCAUCCUGGCGCUGGUCACAGGCGCAUUUGACGCCUCGGCCAGCGUCUUUCUGACCUUCCGUAUCCUGUACCAAAACACCCACGGCGCCAUCACCUUACGACAGAUCUUCACCGUCUACCUCGUCAUCCCGAUCUUCAUCCUCGUGUCCCAAAUCACAAUCAUGCCGUCGCACAGCUACCAGACCCGCGGGGAGUUGACCGAGAAAAUGGACCAGGCGCAGGACCCCACGACGGACGUGCACGACAGCGAUGACGAGCUCGAGGGGGCUAUGGAGAUCAUGCAGGUGCGGGCCGAGAGGGCGAAUAGGCGUCGCCAGUCGAUUGCCUCGAUCAGCGACUUGCUCGGCACGCCGGCCCAGCAGAACCAGCACGAGAAAAAGGAAGACCAGAUCCGGGUCAAUAGCGGCGUGUGGGGGAUCCUGCACGGCCUGCCCGCGAGCAAGCAGAUCCGCACGCCGUGGUUCGUGCUCAUCACGCUGUUCACGGUGCUGCAGAUGGCGCGGUUCAACUUCUUCAUCGCCACCAUCUUCACCCAGUAUUCGUACAUGCUCGACUCGGUCGAGGAGGCCACGCGGAUCAUUGAGUUCUUCGACCUGGCCCUGCCCAUCGGCGGCAUCGUCACCGUUCCGUUUAUCGGCGCUCUGCUGGACUACACUUCUACGGUUGCCGUGUUGAAUCUGUUGGUGCUGCUGAGCACUCUCAUCGGCGUGCUGGGCGCCGUGCCGACCGUCUGGGCCGCCUACGCCAAUGUCACGCUGUUCGUGCUCUUUCGUCCCCUGUACUACAGCGCCAUGUCCGACUACGCGGCCAAGAUCUUCGGGUACGCCACCUUCGGCACCGUCUACGGCGCCAUCAUCUGUCUCUCGGGCCUGUUCACCUUCACCCAGUCGGCGCUGCAGGCUCUGCUUCACGACGUCUUCGAAGACGACCCCGAGCCCAUCAAUCUCGGCCUCGCUACCGCCGGGCUCGUCCUGGGCGUCACCCUCGUCAUGUACGUCGACAUCAAGGGCCGCGCGCUGCACCGGGAGAAAGCCAUCGCCGCGGCCCAGGCUGCUGCUCCCGCUGCCGCUGGGGCGAACGACGAGAGACGGCCGCUCCUGGGCCCGCCGCGGUCUGGGUACGGCAGCGCAAGGAGUGUCAACAGCAUACUCAGCACGAAUGGACCGGGGGGCAUUAGCGCUUCCGCUACUGGUUCUGGUGCCCUUGGCGGUGCCGGUGCCGGUGUUGGUACUGGUGUAGGUGUGGCAGGCAUAUCUGCAGCCGCCGGCCUCAACGCCGGCAUGGGCAUGGGCAUGGGGAGCGCAAUGGCAGAGGACACCGGCGCCGCGGGAGCAGCAGCGGAGAGAAUGCGUCUCUUGCACGGCGCGCCGAGCCGGCAGCAGGUGCAGAGGAAUCUGUCCACGGUGCAGGAGACGCGCGAGCUGUAA